AUGAGCGUCAGCAAUUGGAGCAGCAGCGGCGACGAGGACGACGACACGGCGUGGUCUCGUGCGCAGCUCGCAGAGGAAGGUGUGGCCUACCGCGUCGUCGGUUUUGUCAACGACCGCGUCGACAUCAAGAAACUCGCGCUGCUCGUGCGCAAUGCCGACUACGCACCUCGAGGUUUCAGUGCGCUGGUAAUGCGCUUCCAGGCGCCUCGGGCCACAGUGCUGCUGUACAGGAGCGGAAAGUUUGUAGUGAUCGGUGCCACGAGCGUAGCAGACGCCAAGCUGGCUGCAGAGAAGCUUGUCUCAAUUUUGAAGAAAGUGUCGUUCCCAAGUGAUAACAGUCCGUUCACCAUUCGCAACGUGGUGGGAUCGGCGGAUGUGUGCUUUAGAGUUCGUUUGGAAGGCCUGGCGCGAGACCAUCUGCGCUUUAGCACGUACGAACCGGAGCUGUUCCCAGGACUUAUCUAUCGCAUGCUGCGCCCCAAGUGCACCUUGUUAAUCUUCAUUUCGGGAAAACUCGUAAUUACUGGGUGUGAGUCUUCCGCCGAUGGAGAACGAGCGCUUGGAGCAAUAUAUCCUGUACUAUUACAAUACCGUCUUCGCGACGACGAAUCCGAAGAGGAUGACGAAGAUGAGUCGAUGGAUGAUUUAACAGCACUAAAUUAAAGCAAUGCAACCAAAGAA